CGGUGGGGGUGAUCAGAAAAAUGCUGUGACGAUUUCAGACAGAAGAGGGUGGUGGUAGAUUGUCCAGUGCCGGGCAUGAUUGUUUGUGUUGUCGAUGGUCUCCAAACUGAACACACGCGGAGCUCAAGUUCACCUCCACGUGGGAUGCGGCAGGACGCGUUUCCCCAAACUGUGGCCAGUUCCUCACCAGUAUGCAUGAGCGAGUGAACCGAACAGAAAGACAAUUUCGAUCACUUCCAGCUAAUCAACAGAAACUCCUUCCUCAGUUUCUUCUCCACUUGGACAAGAUCCGGAAAUGCAUUGAUCAUAAUCAAGAAAUACUACUGACCAUUGUGAAUGAUUGCAUACAUAUGUUUGAAAAUAAAGAAUAUGGAGAAAAUGGGAAUGGGAAGAUUAUGCCAGCAUCUACAUUUGACAUGGAUAAGUUAAAAUCCACAUUGAAACAGUUUGUGAGAGACUGGUGUGAAAGUGGAAAAGCAGAAAGGGAUGCCUGCUACCAGCCAAUCAUUAAAGAAAUUUUAAAAAAUUUUCCAAAAGAGAGAUGGGAUCCUUCUAAAGUAAAUAUUCUGGUACCUGGUGCUGGACUAGGAAGACUGGCCUGGGAAAUAGCUAUGCUAGGUUAUGCUUGUCAAGGAAAUGAAUGGAGUUUUUUUAUGCUCUUUUCUUCCAACUUUGUACUCAACAGAUGUUCUGAAAUUAAUAAAUAUAAGCUUUAUCCCUGGAUCCAUCAGUUUAGCAAUAACCGGAGGUCAGCUGAUCAGAUUCGACCCAUCUUUUUCCCUGAUGUUGACCCCCACAGUCUUCCUCCUGGUUCUAAUUUUUCUAUGACAGCAGGAGAUUUUCAGGAGAUAUACUCAGAAUGCAAUGCCUGGGACUGUAUUGCUACCUGUUUCUUCAUAGACACAGCUCACAAUGUAAUUGAUUAUAUUGACACAAUAUGGAAAAUACUCAAGCCAGGUGGAAUUUGGAUAAAUCUAGGUCCUCUGCUCUACCACUUCGAAAAUUUGGCAAAUGAACUUUCCAUAGAAUUGAGCUAUGAGGAUCUAAAAAACGUUGUUCUGCAGUAUGGAUUCCAGCUAGAGGUGGAAAAAGAAUCUGUCUUGUCAACAUACACUGUGAACGACCUCUCCAUGAUGAAAUACUACUAUGAAUGUGUCUUGUUUGUGGUUCGUAAACCACAAUAAUGGUCUCAAGUGAUAUCACCAGGAAAAAAGUUUAAUAAGAGCAAAUCCUGAAAUAAACAACUCAAAAGCAACUAUCAAAUGACAGGACACAACCUCAAAUCAGUGGUGCCUUCUUAUUCCUAACAAAGUUUAGAAAUAGUAUCUAUUUUCUUAAUAUGUCUAUUGCUUUUUCAGAAAUAUACUAUGCCAUGAAUAUUUGUACUACACAAGUAAAAAUGGAGGAAGUAUCUUCAAGUUUACUUUUUCCUUGAAACCCAGAAUUGUCUUUCAGUAGAAAAAACUUUAUCUCUAAUGUUUUCAUGAAGCUGUCCGUUCCAAGCUGCCAUGCUAAUGACUAAUAGUAUUGAAGUAAUAACCUCCUUUUUUUUUGUAUGUAUUGCACAUGUUAUUUUUAGAAGAGUCUAAGGAUCCUCUCAUUCAUCAUCUGGAAUUGAGACUUUUAUUCACUUGGACCUAAGCAAUCUAUACAUAAAAUGUGUGUCUUUUAUUAUUCUUUUAUUCACAUCUUUUUUUUUUCUAGCUCAGUUGAACUUAGGGAAGCAUAAAACCCUUCAUUUUUAUGAAUUACUGAACUUAAGAGUAUCACUGGCCAGUAAAAAUGCAUUGAAAUAACCAAGAAAUUAGUAAGUCUUUUGGCCUCACUAAACUGAACACUUUCUGAAAGCAUACUCAUCAUGGAUCACUCUGAAAUGUAUGAAGAUCUUAACAAUCUGAGUAAAAAAAUCCUUUAUUAAAGGUACUGUUAGGAAACUGGGGAAAUAAGAAUAAAAUCUGCUCAUUUGAAAUGAUUUCAAACUAUAAAUGAAUACAGUCUGUCAGUGAGAUGUUUACAAUAAUGUCUUUUCUUUAGAUUACCUGGAUACAAAAGCAAGCACUUUUUUUCAUUAAAACAACUAUAUACUAGUAAAAACUGUCAUGAUAGUAUUAACAUGGAGAAAUUUUGAGUAUGAAAUUCAGGGAUAAAUUACUGUUCAUGUCUGUGUCUUCAAUAUUAUAAGCAGCAGCCAUUAAUAUAAUUUCAGAUUAACACCAAUUUUGUUCCCUGAUAGCUAGGGCUGAAACAGUCUAUGCUGUUUUAAAUUUCUACCUCUAGCAGAUCUUUAUUGGAGGGAGUUUUCCUUUGUAUUUUAUGUUAAUCAUUCUGUUUCCUGUAGCUUGGAAAGUAGAAAUGACAAAUAUAAUGUUUUAACCUUUUCUUGGAGAAAAGUAUGUUUGAAUAUUUUUAUAGGUAAUUGUGAUGGCAUUAAGCAACCUCUGUGGCAAUUUGGAUUAGACUUAAUCUCAGUAAUGUACUGGAAGCAUAAAUGUCAUGUUUUAUUAGGAAAACUUACUUGUAAGUUUACACCUUUAUAUGGUCAUUUGGGUUGGGGGAGUCACUACAUGAUUUGACAUCUUACCAAUAGGAGCUUUUCUGCAUAUAGUAAGGGAGCUCUUGUGCCCUUUACGCAGUAAAGGAAUACAUGAAGCUAAUUUGACUUGUCGAUUUAUGGAAGCCUAUACCUAUUGAGGUUUUUUGGUUGUUUUGUUUUUAAUUAUUUCUCUUUUUUGGUAGAUGUUCUUUAGUGGGAAUUCUCAUUUUCUACCACAUGAAUAAACUUGAAGUAAAUUGCUCCCCAAAAUUAUUAUUAAGAAAGAGAAUUAAAAGGAACGUAGGUAUUUAAAAAAUCCACUGAAAGAAAUGCAUGCUGUUUUUGAGUGUUUUAGAAAAGCUCUUUAUUCACUGACUGGUAUUCACUUUUUUAUGUGUAUCAAAACAUGACCUUGUUCUUCUCAGAGGCAAAAACAAGUUGACACAUGGGUUGGCUUUAUUACUUAACACUUAUGCUAUUAGGUUUUAUUCUUUAAUAAUGUUACUUAUAUUUAUAAAUUAUAGCUUACAUUUUAGUUAAUUCUGAAAUCAGUUUUGUUUUUUAUUUCUCCCUCAUAUUAUGAAUAUUUUUAAUGUUCUACAUUGCUUUUUUUUUCUCAGAGCUUUUGCAGUUGAUAUAUUCUAAACUUGAAGAUUGUGAUAUUAAUCAGUAAUGGAAAUGUCACUGGAGGAUUUAAUUUUGUAUUUCUUAUAUGUAGUCCUACUAAAGUGUGUAAGCCUUAAAAGUUUUUUAAUUUUUCUUAAAUUAGCUUUAUACACAAAUGUUUUCAUUCAUUUCCAUAAAGCUGGAGGAGAUAGGCCAUUCUGCUUACUGGGUUUUUUUGUGUUUUCCAUAAUCUGACUGAAGUAGGGCAGGUUAGGGUAUGUAAAGCAAGUAAGCAAAGUAGGACAUGUAAAAUAUAAAGAGAAGCUGUAUAAAUCACAGUAUAAAAUUAUGAAGUUUUGGAAUUGUAAAAUGUACUGUAUUUAUAUGUAAUUCUCAUUCUAAAAGAUGCCACAAAGGCUAAAUUGGAAGCUUCAUCUCUGCAUGAAAUUUCCUAUAUUUUUAUGUGUAUGAUGGACUUGAUUUUUCUUGAUUAAAGUCUGCCAAUUGCUAUGAAACAAUAUUUGCUUGGUUGUUUCCAUUUAAAUUAGUGGUAACCAUAGACAUGGCAAUUUUAAUUAGUUGAGCACAUAUACUUUUGAACCCUUGGAUUAGCUUCUAUGUGUGUCUAGAAAGUCAAUAAUAUGUGUAAUUGGUCUUUGAUUAUGCUAGGCCGUAUCCUAAUUAAUCCCAAUCUUUGGUUUUGUUAAAUAAUCGAAAAAGACUAUAAAGGAAACCAGUAGAAGAAAGUUCUAGGACCAGCCAUUAGGAGGACAAGCACUGGAUUUGGCCCUUAGAUACUCUGAGCUCAUUUUUCAUAGUCUUGGGCAAGGUUAUCUGAGUCUGUUUCCUCAUCUGUAAGAGAGGAUUAAUACCAUCUAUUUCAGAGGGUUUUUUAAUGAGGUCAUGUGAGUUAUAUGUGAAACAUUGUAUGUGAACAUGUGAAAGCUUAUAGUAGACAAUUAAGUAUAAUUUUAAUCUGUGUUGACUGCUGUGUAGUGAUAGAAAAAGACUGGUAACAGGACAUUAGUUUUAAUAAUGUUAUGGUGACCCUUUGAAAAAAGUUUCAGUGGAAUCCCAGGGACAUGGGAGUAAUCAAAGUUGACAUAUAUAGUUAUUGAUUCCAAAAGUUUGGUGGGAAUUACAAAGAAAUAUAAUAGGUAAUGGGAGAGAGGACACAGGUAAAAUUUAAUUGAGGGUUACUCUCACUUUACAAACAAGCUAGUACAUGCUUCUUACAUAUGCUUAUUUCUCUUCAGCUAUUUAGAAGUAGAGUCAGUCAGUCAAUCAAUGUGUAUGUGCAUUUCAGUCAACUUGCCUUUCAAAAAGACUACCCGUUUACAUGCCAUCAACAGUGCUUAAGAAUAAUUUAGCAUCUAUUCCCUGGCCGAUACUGGACAUUGCUAAUCUUUUCACUUCUUGUCAAUGUGAUAGGAAAAAUUGGGAUCUAACUUUAAUAUUCAUUUCUUCAACCAUCGGGGAAGUUGAGCAAUUUAUGUAAGAUUAACGGCCAAAGAGUUGUGUCUUAAUCUGCCAGUCUGUUGUUUUUCACAUGGCAGACGCAACAAGCCAUUGGCAACAAUGCAAAAAUUAGUAAAAAUGUAGUGAGGCUUGUCAAGGGGAGAAUUAACCAUGAGGACUACUUUUGAGUUCUAGCCACUGAGAAGUGCCCACCUCUGCUUUUGGUUUUACAAAGCCGGUACCGAAGCUAAACAGUGAUAGCAACCCAUUAGACCCCAUUAGAUUAGCCAAUCAGUGGUCUAGGCCCAGGAGUUUAGGGGAGUAUCUUUUAGUCAAGAGCCCCAUUGAGCCAGCAGCUUUGCUUUAGGUGGCAGAGUGGGGCAUAAAGCUUACCCCCAAAGGAGUAGUGCCCCUUUUUCAUAGCACCAAAAAGCUGCUAGGGUCAGGCCCGCUAUACUCUUGAAUGUGCAAUUUUUUGUUUUUUUCUUUUAAUUAAAUCUUUAUUGUUGAAAGUAUUACAUGUGUACCCUCUCCCCACCCCCACUGACCCUUCUAGCCUGCCCCCACUCCUUGCCCCAGGCCUUCACCACCCUGUUGUCUGUUUGAUUUGCAAGGCUUGUUGGCUCCUUUUCACCUUGUUAGGCAUCAAGUCCAAGCUGACCCACCCCAAAUGGGGAUGUCAAACUAGAGUCAUAAGGCCUGCACAUGUCAUCCAUGCAGUUUCAACAAAAGCAGGUUAAUAGCUACCUUCUUUGGUACAAAGAUGUAUUUGGUGACAGUGUCAGGGAGUUGGUGCUAUUGCAGUAUCUGGCCAUGGCCUCUCUGAGUAUUUCCGCAGCCAUUAAGUCUUUGAAGCUGUGGUUUCCCUUUUUCCUUUUGGGUGUUACAUUAUUUCUGCUGGACCACCCAGGAGGAGACAGUCCAUGCAGUAGUCCUUGAAUGUGACAUUCAUGGGAAGGAGACGUGUAUACAGAUAUCAACUCCAUGUGCAUAUAUAUAAUUGUGUAUGGUGCUUUAAAAAUACUUCCACAAAUUCUUUGAUACUCUUCUCUUUGGGACAGCCUAAUUCUUCUUCCUUUUGAAGUGUAGGUGGUAGUGACUCCCUUCUAAUAGACAGACUGUGGUAGAAAUGUGUGAUUUCUAAGACUGGGUUAUAAAAGCAAUGCAGCUUCUAUUUUUCUCUCAGAUCACAUGCACUAGAGCCCAGAUAAGGAUAUUCUAAUAGCCCUAUGGAGAAUCCCACAUGGUGAAGAACUGAGGCCUCCUCCAUAAGAACUGAAUGAGCUUGGAAAUGGGUCUUUCAGCCCCAGGCAAGCCUUCAGAUAACUAAAGCCCCAGCCAACAUCUGGACUACAACCACAGGGCAACUCUGAACCAACCAGCUAAGCUGAUGAAUUCCUGAUCCAUAGAUUCUAAGAAAAUUUUGUUUUAGUCACUAAGUUGUGGGAUAAUUUGUUACACAACACUGUUCUUGUAUGCAUCCAAGUUUCCAUCUGGCUUCAUACUUGCACCUGAAGAACUUUCUUUAAUAUCUCUUGUAUUAUGGAUCUUACAGCAAUAAAUUCUCUCAGCUGUU